AAGAACCAAGUUAAAGAAAACAAGAAAAAAGCAAAAAAAAUUUCAUUUCGAUUUUAACUGGCGGCGAAAGCAGAACAGAACGCAGUAGAUUAAAUUCGCAAUUAACUUUUUUUUUUGUUGUGUGUGUGUGUCUACUUGGGGAUAUACACCUACAUAAAUUAAGAAAAGGCAUAUAAGCAUUUAGAAUAAAGAAAGUGCUGCCCCCGCGCAAUGAAAUUCCUAAUCUGUGCUCUACUCUUCGCAGCGUCCUACGUGGCGCUUGCCUCCGAGGUGAAAGUUGAAGAAGGUGUCCUGGUGGCAACAGUAGACAACUUCAAACAAGUGAUUGCCGACAACGAAUUUGUGCUGGUUGAAUUCUAUGCCCCAUGGUGCGGACACUGCAAGGCUCUGGCUCCCGAAUAUGCCAAGGCUGCCCAACAGCUCGCCGAGAAGGAAUCCCCCAUUAAGCUGGCCAAGGUCGAUGCUACCGUUGAGGGUGAACUUGCCGAGCAGUAUCAAGUGCGUGGCUAUCCCACAUUGAAAUUCUUCCGUAGUGGUUCCCCCGUGGAGUACAGUGGUGGACGUCAAGCUGCCGAUAUUAUUGCUUGGGUUACCAAGAAGACUGGUCCCCCGGCCAAGGAUCUGACAAGUGUGGCCGAGGCUGAGCAGUUCCUGAAGGAUAAUGAGAUUGCCAUCAUUGGCUUCUUCAAGGAUACCGAAUCGGAGGAGGCCAAGACCUUCACCAAGGCUGCCAAUGCUCUGGAUUCGUUCGUGUUCGGUGUCAGCAGCAAUGCUGAUGUGUUGGCCAAAUACGAGGCUAAGGACAAUGCUGUGAUCUUGUUCAAACCUUUCGAUGAUAAGAAAUCGGUGUUCGAGGGCGAACUUACCGAGGAGAAUGUGAAGAAAUUUGCCCAAGUGCAAUCACUGCCUUUGAUUGUGGACUUUAACCAUGAGUCGGCUGCCAAGAUCUUUGGUGGUUCAAUUAAAUCGCAUUUGCUGUUCUUCGUCUCCAAGGAGGCUGGACACAUUGAGACCCACGUUGAUCCUUUGAAGGAGAUUGCCAAGAAAUACCGCGAUGAUAUUCUAUUUGUGACCAUCUCUUCCGAUGAGGAGGACCACACACGCAUCUUUGAGUUCUUCGGCAUGAACAAGGAGGAAGUGCCCACCAUUCGUCUUAUCAAACUGGAAGAAGAUAUGGCCAAGUACAAGCCUGAAUCCAACGAUCUGUCUGUGGAGACCAUUGAGGCCUUCCUGAAGAAAUUCCUUGAUGGCAACCUGAAACAGCAUCUGCUAUCUCAGGAUUUGCCCGAGGAUUGGGAUAAGCAACCCGUCAAGGUUCUCGUCUCCAGCAACUUCGAGAGUGUCGCUCUGGAUAAGAGCAAAUCGGUGCUGGUUGAAUUCUAUGCCCCAUGGUGCGGCCAUUGCAAGCAGUUGGCUCCCAUCUAUGACCAACUUGCCGAGAAGUACAAGGAUAAUGAAGACAUUGUCAUUGCCAAAAUGGACUCCACUGCCAACGAGCUGGAGAGCAUCAAGAUCUCCUCAUUCCCAACUAUCAAAUACUUCCGCAAGGAUGACAACAAAGUCAUCGACUACAGUUUGGACAGGACUUUGGAUGAUUUCGUCAAGUUCCUCGAUGCCAAUGGUGAGGUUGCCGAUGCCCCUGAAGCUGCCGAGGAGAGCGAAGAGGAGACGGAGGAAGAGGCGCCCAAGAAGGACGAGUUGUAAAUCCAACAAAUAACAACAAACAACUUAAACUUGAAAAAUCCAACAACAAAAUCAGCAACAACAAAACAUAGCAACACACACGUACAUUCUGUAGUUUAUUUUUAAAGAAAUUAUUAAUUUUUCGUUUGGUGGCGAGAAUCUCCUCUUCCAAUCCAGUGAGGAAAGCUGGCCGCCCUACUACUCCAAAUCGAACCUUCUCCAAAAAUAAGAAAAACAAAACAAAAAAAAGCAAAUAAUUUUUCAACGCUCUCUAAAAACAUUUGAUUUGUGAUUGCGUUUAUAUUUAUAUUGAAGAAAUGAAACAAACAAAAACGAAA